AUGUCUGAAAUCAGAUUCAGCAACCUCACUUGGGAUCAAGUUUUAACACUGGAUCAAGUGUUAGAUAAAAUAAUUCCAAUUCAUGGAAGUGGGAAUUUCCCCACACUGGAGGUAAAACCAAAAGAUAUCAUUCAUGUUGUGAAAAAUCAACUCAUAGAGCAAGGAAUUAUUAUUAAAGAUGCCCGAUUGAAUGGUUCCACAGCAAGUUAUGUACUUGCCAGCCAUAAUGGAAUCAGUUAUAAGGAUCUGGACAUUAUUUUUGGUGUUGAACUUCCAACUGAUCAAGAAUUUCAGGUUGUUAAGGAUGCAGUUCUAGGUUGUCUACUUGAUUUUUUACCAAAAGGUGUAAAAAAGGAUAAGAUCACUCUAAAGAUCAUGAAAGAGGCUUAUAUACAGAAGAUGGUCAAAGUUUGCAAUAAGCAUGAUCGUUGUAGCCUCAUCUCUCUUUCAAAUAACACUGGGAAGAAUGUAGAACUAAAAUUUGUGAAUUCACUCAGGAGACAAUUUGAAUUUAGUGUAGAUUCCUUUCAAAUUGUUUUGGAUUCUAUGUUAGAUUUCUACAAUGACAAAAAUGCUAAGCUAACUAAAGAAUCCUAUCCUGUUAUAGUAGCUGAAAGCAUGUAUGGAGAUUUCCAAGCAAUGACACAUUUGCAAUAUACACUUAUAUAUACCAUAAAACCUGAAGAAAUUAGAGGUGGUGGCCUUCUGAAAUACAGCAACUUGCUGAUCCGUGACUUUAAGCCAGCUUGUGAAGCAGAAAUCAAGACCCUGAAAUGUUACAUGUGCUCUAGAUUCUUUAUUGAUUUCCCUGAUGUUGCAGAACAGCAAAAGAAAAUUGAGUCUUAUCUCCGCAACCAUUUUAUAGGUAAAGAAAAAAACAAGUAUGACUACCUUAUGACAUUACGUGGAGUUGUGAAUGAAAGCACUGUUUGCCUCAUGGGUCAUGAAAGAAGACAGACUCUCAAUAUGAUCACCCUUAUGGCUUUAAAAGUACUUGGAGAACAGAAUAUUUUACCCAAUACAGAUAACGUAACUUGCUUUUAUCAGCCUGCCCCAUACUUUGCUGCUGAGGGAGGGUACCCUACUUAUUUUGUACCAUCUGGGCCACCACCCAUUUUCUUCCAACCAUACCACCCAGUGCACUUUCAGGUGCCAAAUGGUAUGGUUUAA